ACCUAUCAGUACGGACACCAGGGUUCCCGCUGCCCUCCAGGCUUAAGAGGUUCCCGAAGGGAGGCACCGGUCCAGCUGGGGCUCUGCCAGUCGCUAUGGCCUGCUGCCUGGGGUCUGCCCUGCUGCUACUGCUGCUGCAGCUGCUGGGGUCUGCGAGCUCCACCGGCGGGAAUCGCUGCGUGGCCGCGGCCGAGGCGUGCACAGCAGACGCUCAGUGCCAGCAGCUGCGCUCGGAGUAUGUGGCCCGAUGCCUGGGCCGGGCGGCACCGGGGGCCUGGAGUGGACCCGGGGUCUGCGUGCGCUCCCGCUGUCGCCGUGCCCUGCGCGGCUUCUUCGCCCGUGGGCCUCCGGCGCUCACGCAUGCGCUGCUCUUCUGCGGGUGCGAGAGCCCCGCGUGCGCCGAGCGCCGGCGUCAAACCUUCGCUCCGGCCUGCGCGUUCUCGGGCCCCGGGUCGGCGCCGCCCUCCUGCCUGAAGGCCCGGGACCGCUGCGAGCGUAGCCGCCUGUGCAGGCCUCGUCUCCUUGCCUUCCAGGCCUCGUGCGCUCCCGCGCCCGGCUCCCGCGAUAGCUGCCCGGAGGAGCGGGGCCCGCGUUGUCUGCUCGCCUACGCGGGCCUCAUAGGCACUGAAGUCACCCCCAACUACCUGGACAACGUGAGCGCGCAAGUCGCGCCCUGGUGCGGCUGUGGGGACAGCGGAAACCGGCUGGAAGAGUGCGAAGCCUUCCACAAGCUCUUUACAAGGAACCCCUGCUUGGAUGGUGCCAUGGUGGCCUUUAACACCUUGUGGCCCUCAGUUCUGCAGGACUGGCUGAACCCCUACCAGAACACUGGGUACCGUUUCCCACAGAAGAGAUGGAGGCAGAAGCAAUGCUCAUUUCGUCCUCACCUCCUAGGUGUCCUCGAUGUCCAUACUCACUGCCUUGGCUCUCCAAGCACUGCUCUGAUUAGGAAGGUGUGCCGUGGACAGCACAGCUGACUGCCACGCAUCUGGCUCACACCUCCUGCUCACUGAAAUGAGACUGCCUUGCCCUCAGGUCUCAUACACCCCUGUGCCUGUCUCCUGGAUUGAGGGUCCGACUGAAAAGCCUCUAGGUGUCUUGGCUGUUUUCUUGAGAUGGUCACCUACUGUAGAUGAAGCUCACCGGGCCCCCAGGGCUUAUAGAGCAGGGCAGAGACUACCCCCACUCCUAGAUUUUGGAACUGUCAUCUUUGGAGCAGACAGGGCACAUAGACAGACCGCGACAGGCAAGACCAUUUCCAGUUGGCACUGAAGCCUAAACACCCUCCCAGGCAGCCAUUACUCACCAUUAAACCCCACCUAGCAGUGGCAUUGCUUGCUGCUUAGGACAAGCUGCUGUGUAAACAUUGGAGAGAGACUCGGGCCCCUCCUGCUUGGCAUCCCACUGAAUGAAUAGCCUCUUUCCCCUACGGUUUCCCUAGCACAGCAAGCAGCUCAAUAAACACACAUGCACUGAGA